UUGAAGUGAAUCACUUGUUUAUCAUUGAGCGCGGCUAGAGGAUUUUGUGCUUCGCUGCGGUUGGGAUUUUGAAAGCUUGCUAUUUGGGCUGUUGCUUUUUUACAUUAAGCAGUGCUUUAGUGCAUCUACAAGUUCGCAAUACACUGCACAUCUUUCACUUUUUGGCGCAUCAAUACACCAUUUUUACUUUUCAAUGCGAUUUAUUUUAUAACCAUCGAAAUAAUUUGGUCAUUAGUAUUUCUAAAUUAAAUUAUUUUAUUUGUAUCAUAUAAAAAAUGGAAAGGACUUCAAAUAUUAAUUAAUCUAUAUUCAAGUAGCGUUUUGAUAUGCACACGAGCGCCACACCUACAUCAGAUAUUUUUAAAUGCAAAUCUUCCAAUAUAAGACGCACUAAUCUAUGCCAUAACACACGCUUAACAUGCAGUUAACUAUCCCUUUCAUAAAAGCAUAAAAUGCAAUAAAAACCAACUGUUCAAAGUUAAAAUAAAAGCUUUCAAAAUCGCACCCAACAUAAUCGCUUCUUGCUUUUCAGCCUUUGCAAUCUAAUACAAUACAAACACACCGAUCAUGGUUCGCUCAACACUCUACCCCCCUUUGCCUCCAGUGUCCCCAGUGCAGUUGGCCCUUAUCAGUUCACCACCACCUCGUCCAAUGCGUCCGCGUGCAUUGCCCAUGUCACCAGCUCACACGCGCUCCCUUCUCCUAGCAGCCGCUCGGCCGCGUUAUCCCGUGUCCUACAUCGCCUUGACGCGCGAACCUCGCGAAUUAAAAUUAGCAUUGAAACUAGCCACGGUAUCACGAGAACCAGGUCCCGUCAGGAUGCGUCCCACCGAGCAUCUCAGACACGUCAUGCCGAACCCAAAAUCGCCAACUCUCUCGCGUUGCCCACCUCUGUCCUUUGAAAAAACCUGUCCGUGCCCGAUUUCCCGGCGGUGUGGCAACUGGAAACCUUCACCACCCAUGCCCAAAUACUAUUCGCCACCUUACGUUUUACCGCGAACCAUUCUGGAAAUACCCGCGACUAGAUUGGCAAAAGCUCUCGCGCCGCCACCGCCCAUCGAUGUUACUUUGCUCACGAGGCCAAGUCUCCUCAUCACGCAUCAUGCCCUCAAGAGGCGCAGACCUCGUCCCGCUUAACUUUUCUUUUCUUUUUGUUUUUUUCUAGUUUAUUUUUUGUGUGUAGUUUUAAGGCUGUGAUUAUUUUGUUAGUUUAAUAGUCAAACAAUUUUAAUAUCCCGUGAAAAAUUA